GCGCCCGGCGCAGCGCUGGCAGCUGCGGAUCCGCGGGUACUGGCCUUAGCUGCUCAGGUCACUGAGAGCAGAGAACAGGACAUCCCCCUGCUACUUCUGAAGUUGAAGGGAAUUUUAAACAGUGCUUCCUUGAGAUGUGAAGAAUCGAAAAAAAUUAAGCAAGAUAUAUACAGUUAUCUUACUCAGCACUGCAUGCUGGUCCUUAGACAAGACCACUCUCAACUGCAUGGAGGCUGGGCUACUGCUGCCCAGAUAGCAGAGAUACUAAGUCAUUGUUGUGUGGGACUAGAGGUGAAAGAAGAUCCUGAGGAAUUUUACAAGAAAUUUCUUCCUUCAGCUAUAGAUAACCGGCUGUUUUUGGGAAGACGCUUGCAAUCACAGUUUGUCCAAGCAAUCAAGGUAUUUAAAUUUCGUCGAUGAAGACAAGACCUUUUAUGCUGAUUCCAAACAGUAACUGAUGCCAUCUGCUGGCUGUUCCGUGGGCAUAUUCAAUUAGCAGCGUGUGUACUGCAGAAUGAUCACUUCCUGCAGUUGUUAAUAGCAGAUGAUGUCGAAAUAGGAAUUAUAAUGAUGUCUGUUUUACACAACAUUUUGACGGUCAAUAGUUCUGUUUUGCUUCAGGUGGAUGAAGAGACCCUCCACUCUGUUUUGGAUGAACUUGUUUAUAAGCUUUCAUCUACCACUAAUCCUGUCAUAGGAAAUACUGCUACAAAACUGCUGUUGUCGGUGGCAAAAUUUUACAAGCAGCUUGUGAAGUUACUCAGAGCUCGCUACAAAGGAUUAAAAGGGCUUUUAAGUAAAGAGUGGACCGGUAAAGGAUUUGACAGCGAUCUCAGUCAACUCUUGGACCUGCUAUACCUGGAACAAUCUAACGGAAAAGGAGAAAUGCAGAGGCAGCAUCAAGCAGCUUGUAUAAUCCAGGCUACGUGGAGGGGAUUUCAGACAAGGAAAAGGAUGAAAAAACUACUCCAAGCAGUGAUCACUUUACAGAGAUGCUUCAGAGCUAAACGGGAAAAGGAGCUGCAGCAUUUAGAAAAACAGAAGGAAGAUGUGGCUCUAAAACUGGAAAUGCAACUUCAGAAACAGAGGGCCAUGAGACUCUUCCAUGAACGACAGCUGGCCUUACUGGAAAUAACCCAUGCCAGCCAGGUAGAUAAGUACCUGGAGGAAACAGAGGACAAAUCAGCAUUAACUAUCCAGAGAUUCUGGCGAGGGUAUAGAGUAAGAAGACAUUUUCAUCAACAGAGACAAUCUCUUAGGGAGUACAAAGCAGCUGUCGUCAUCCAGAGAGCAGCUUGUAAAUUCUUGGAAAAACGAAGAAGGAGGAGACUUCUCUCUUCUUGGAAAAAUCCCAAGGGACUGACUGAUGAGCAGAGAGUGGCUUUGCAGCAGAAAGUGGAUGACUACAUCAAAUUGCAUCCGGCUUCCCAAAUGUCAGAAGAAAAGAGUAAAGAAUUACAUAUGCAGGCCCAGGAAAAGCUGGCACAGUUCCUGUUGAGGAGCAGACUGGAUCAGAGAGCAGCACGGCGGAGAGAGAUGUUACUGGCUCAGGUCAACACCGAUGUGGAGCUGCUAAUGAAUGCUCCACGGUUAGCAGAGACCACAGAAAAAGACCUUGAUGUCUUUAGGAGUCGAUCACUUCCUGUAGCUGCCAAGGCAAGACAAUCCCACAAUGCUAUGCUGAAAUAUGCUUGCUGGCCAUGGUGGAAGAAGCUUGGAGAUGAGUUUAUGGAGGAUGAUGUCAUUCCUGAUGAUGAUGCCCUAAAUGCAGAAAUGGGAACUCUAUUUAUUGGUGGAAUGAAGUCCGUUUAG